AUGAUUGUGUACUCGGUUUCGGUGGAACCCUUCCGCAUAUGUUUUGGCGUGGAGGUGUCUAGCGCCAUGCUGGCCCUGGACAUCUUUGUGGACUGCCUGUUUGUGAUAGACAUAGUGCUGACUUUUUUUACAGCGUAUUUCGACGAACGCGAGGUGUUAGUAACAAAUCGCUUACGGAUAGCGAAGCGAUACUUGCGGGGCUUCUUUGUCAUCGAUGUGGCAUCCGUUUUCCCAGCGGAGCUUUUUUUGCUGGCCAUACAGCCAGACAUCGCCACGCAAGCUCGUGCAGUGAAGCUCUUGAGGCUUGUGAGGCUGAUGAAGCUGGGGAGGCUGUUCAAGCUGAAGCGCCUGGUUCUCCUGGUCGAGGAGAAGUUGAACUUCAGUUUGCAAAUGAUGGACAUGUUGAAGAUGCUGGUGAAGGUCCUUUUCAUAGUCCACUGGCUAGCAUGCCUGACGUAUCUGGUGGCCUCACCAGUCUGCGAGGACGGCUCGCCCGUGCCCUGCCCACCGCCCAAGGACCCCGACGACGGAGCGAGGUUUUGGUCGAACUGGGUGCGGAUGUUCCAGGCGGACAAGUUUGAUCUCGCGCUGGGGCCACGGAACUUCCCAGCCGCGGCCAUCGCUUCGGAAUUCUGGGAGCAGAAGGCACUCAUUGAGGCCCGCCUGGCGCAAAUAGCCACGCUGCCUCCAGUUGAGUACCGUGGCCCAUCACCUGCCGAGCAGUGCGUGAGCCUCGAUGCUGCCGAGUUAGAGCAGCUGCAACGCAAAGAUGCCUUCUUCUCGCGGCUUCCCACCUUGACUCUACCGGCCGUGGCAGCCUUCAUUGGCGCCGUUGCGCUGACGCCACUUCGCCGUAGCAGCCGUGCCCAUGCACAGGCCUUUGCAAUUCAUCACUUCGUCCCCCGCUCACAUGCUGCGGUGCAGCAGUUUCGCUGGGAGGAAGAUGCGCGUCAAGGCUACACAGAAGAUCUCGAGCGCCCCGACCUCGACGAUGAAGAUGACUUUGCGCAUGCUAUGGACUUCGCGGAUGCGACUUUCUCCAAAGUGGAGGUGUAUGCCGUGGACGAUGCAUUUCUGUCCAUGCGCAGGAAGGGGUAUGAGAGUGAAAGCGAACACCGCCUUCGGCUGAAUUGGUUCUUCGAAAACACCUUCGUCCAUCUGGGUGAUGAUCCGGCACAUUACCUUGCACUGCAGCGAUGCUGUCGCCAAUUUCCGAAGGUUUCUGCGCUGGUCUUCCCCAACCAUGUCUACUCGCCACCUGGCGGAGUCUUUUGCCCUCGGCCUCUCCAUGUUGCCAUUCUCGCGCAAGACAUGGCCUUGGCGAAGAUGCUGCUCCGCGCGGCCCUGGAGACUCGCUGCAAUGGCGACACUGUGUUCCUGCGCUCACACACCCCGAACACGAACUGGGGCGAGAUGUCACCUGUGUUCCUCGCUUUGCUUGUGGUAAGUACAGAGACCCUGGCAGAGUGGCUGAAAUUGCUUUGCGCCGCUGGUGCGCGUCUGAACCAUAUGGACUGGCACAUCUAUCGUGUGAUCCAGUGUGCAGACCUGCCAGACGGCACAGAGGAGAAAGAGGCGCUGAAGGAGCGCCUGGAAUUUGCUUUGGACCUGCUCCACCACUCCGGCCAAAGGGGCCGGUACUUGAGCACUUUCCACUUCAUCACAGCCACUCUCAUGGCUGUGGGCUACGGCGACAUCUUUCCGGCCAACUCGUUUGAGCGGAUCGUGUGCAUCAUUUCCCAGAUCACCGGUGCAGUGCUCUUCGGUUUCUUGCUUUCCUGCAUCACCGCCGUGAUGGAGUUCACGCAUCCGCGGGAGCUGGAGCACAAGAAGCGAAUGUCCGAAAUCAAGAACUGGCUCCGAAAUCGGAGCUUGCCGCCAGUGCUGAAGGCGCAGGCAGAGUGGGUUCAAGGUCCAAUCUUUGAGGUGGAGGUGUAG